AGUAACAAAUAAUAAGUGAGAGAGUAUGUUAUAUGCAUGAACAAUAAUAAGAGAGGAUGCUGGUUUUCUCAUCAUGAAAGGCAUCGAAAGUGGUGAAUCAGUUCAGAUCCGCACACCAACGAAAAUCGGCGCUUCACCGCCCCACCUCCACUACUGAAACUUUCGAACUUUUCGGAAUAUCCGCCAUCAUCCAUUUUCCAACCAUACAACACCUGCAAUUAACGCUUUCCUUUUCCUUCUCUACCGUAAAUAAUACCUUACCUCUCCUUCCAUAGCAUUAUCUGCGGCCAUUGCGCCUGCAUUCGCUGAUCACCAUGCCUCCUACUACCCUAAUAUCCCCUCCCCCAUCGCUCUCACCACUCACCCGGCCCUCGAAACCCAGCUUGAAGCGCAAGCGAUCGAUCUUGCCAACGCCUGCGAGCCAAGAAGAUCUGCUUGUACCACAACCGAAGAAGCACAGAGUGUCCUUCAACCCACAGGCACAUAUCCGACACAUCAUACCCGCCACACGCGAUUACGACGAUGCCGUCAAGGGGAGGCCGAUCAUCGAGAAGAGCCUGGACCUUGUCCGAGCGGAGGUGCGACGCGAUAUUGAGAGACACCAUGGUGGGAUGAGCGAUGGCUUUGAAAACUUGACGAGGGUGCUGUCGGUCCCAUUCGGUGACGAGGAUUGUCUGUCUGAUGCCAUGGUCCGGCGGCAUAUCGUUGCCUUGACGAGCAUGGUCAACCGCCUGGAGAAGAACUGUUCGGCGCUCGUGUAUGCGGUCCUCGACAUGGACUGGCUGGGUCGAGAUGAGUCAUUCUACGACCUCUACAAAGGGUUUCUCGCCGCGCUGGUCUCGACACAAGGAGGGUACACAAGCGGGGUAUUGCGAAAGCUUGUUGGCUUUUUCUCUGAAUUACCUCAAUCAGUUGGACGACUUCCGAAGUACCCGAUCGUACAUCGUCGUGAACUACGACGACGCGUCCACGAGACGCUAAAGUACCUACUGAGCCUGAUGCCAGCCGCGAGCUCGAUACUUUCACCUGUCGUCCGGAGAGAGUUCCCGAAGGACGAAAGGAAGCCAAAGGCAGUCACCGAUUACGUGUCAAACGUGCUCAAGGUGCUUGAGUACGCUCCUGAGCUGAAAGGCGAAGUGAUCGCUUUAGUCAUGGGUAGGGUCGUUAAGAUCGAUGUCCAAAUUCAAGUGGAUCUAGAAGAUUUUGAGGAUGAGCUAGGCGAAGCUCUCCUUGAUGGUCUCCCAAAGAACAAUGGCGUGAACACGAUCGACGAUGCAGAUUUAUCCGACGACGAAGAAUCCAACGAUGAUGACAGUGACGUGGGGGAGGGGGAACCUGAUGCGGAGCAGGAGAGGCUACAAGAUCUGAGGAAGGCCAUCAUCAAGAUGGAUGGAGUGCUUGACAUUCUGUUCACUCACUACCAACGCAUUUUCGACAAGAGUACUGGCUUCGAGGUUGACGAUGCAUUCGACAGUCUCCUCGGACAGUUCUCAAGCAACUUACUCCCAACCUACCGUUCUAGGCACACCCAAUUCCUUCUCUUCCGCUUCGCCCAAACCUCUCCCGACUUGGUUGACCGGUUCAUCGGUACCUGCAUUAGCAUCGCAUCCGACAAAGCCAAAUCCCACAUCCUCCGAUUUUCCGCCUCAUCCUAUCUCGCCAGCUUCGUCGCCCGUGGCGCCCGCAUCGACCCCUCCACGACUCUCGACAUCUUCUACCUCCUUGGCGAGCAAACCAAAGAAAUCCGACGACUCCAAGAGCGAACCUGCAUGGGUCCCGACAUCCAGCGAUUCCCCGUCUACUACUCCCUCAUCCAAGCCCUCCUCUACAUCUACUGCUUCCGUUGGCGCGACCUCACCACCGUGGACCCUGUCGAGCUGAACAUCUACGACUACUUCGACCUCAAUGAGGACCUCCCAUGGGGGCCGGGCGUGCACGAGGUACUCCGCGCCAACAUUAACUCGCGGUUCAACCCCCUCAAAGUCUGCCAUCCGAACAUCGUCCAGCAGUUCGCGAAGAUUGCCGGCCAGCUUCGGUUCAUGUACGUCCACGACAAGGUAGAGAACAAUCGGAGGGUAAAGCUCACACGGUCGCUACUCCUGCCCUCGGCGAAAAACAGCAGCCUCUCAUUCGAACAGCGAGGAACCGCGCUGAGUGGCAAGGUGGAUGAGCGAGCGUUCCAACUGGAAGCGUAUUUCCCAUUCGACCCUUACCGUCUUCCGAAGAGUAAGCGAUGGGUUGAGGAGGACUACGUAGGUUGGCAGCCGAUUCCUGGGAUGGAUGACGAUGAGCCGCUGCUGGAUGAGGACGAUGACGAUGACGAUGACGAUGAAGAGGACCAGAAUCAGGAGACGGAGUAUGCGGACUCGUCUGAUGAGGAAGAGGAGGACGAGAUUGACGACGAACAUGUGGAUACGGCAACUGAUGCAAGUCCAGGAGAACCGUGAUUUGGCUGACACACCUUGAUUUGGGUCGGAUACCAGCAUUGUGGCGUUUUAGCGAUGGUUUGGCGUUACUGCAGUGGUGGCCUUGCAAUCGCAUUCACGGCGAUUAUUGGUUGCGCAUCGAAGCGCACAUUGACCAUAAAGUAAAUUGGCUAUCUUCAGAUAGGUUCUGCGGAUAAGAUCUGAAUACAAAAGUGAUAAUUCAUUUCAAAAAGAGACCC